UCUUUCUUCUAUCGUCAUCCACCUCCUACAAUCGCCCCUCUUCUCUCUCUCGGCUUUACAAAUCAGUUUUUUUUUUUUCUCUCCCAUCUCAGUUCUCACCCACUGCCGUGUCCACUGGUUUUUGCCCGAUCAGACCCGUAUUCCGUGUCGGAAUCCGUGUCGACACGGGUACUGAACCCCAAAUUGCCGAGUCCGGGUAACGAAGCAUAUGAUUGUGGUGACAACCUUAAAUUCCCUGAAUGACUAGAUUGUCUUUCAUGAUUUUGCUCCUUUUAUCUGACUAGGAUUACCUUGGCUUGCUUUUCAUUUUAUUAUGCAUCAACUCCAUAUUUCCUGCCUUAUUUUGGAUGCCCAUUAAUCCUUAGUACUCGAAACUUGCCACCUGCGAAGACAAGGCAGGCUUUUUUAUGUAGAAUGUCAGUGUAUAUGGCCUGUCAAGUGGGAAGAAUCAAUUUGCAAGCAGGUUUAUCAAUAUCGGAGAAUGAUGUCGUUGCAAGUUCAUGUCUGACGCUUGCAACUUGUGCAAUCCAGAGGUGGAGCAAUGAGCUUAGUUUAAGUGGACAAUCUUCGAAGAUUGGUUUAAAGUCUUUAACGUUCCCCAAAAAGAGUUCAACACAAAGACAUGGUUGGAAAAUAGCAUUGGCCUUAGACACUGGUGGGGUGCCUGGAAAUGGUGAAGAUAGUCUCAACAGUGACAGCUCUAAUCUUGGUGGUACUCGACUGGGCAGGAUAGUAAGUGCAGGUGGGAGGCAGCUAUUAGAGAAGUUGAACUCGGCAAGAAAGAACUUCCCCAUGAAGAUAUUCCUCCUCCUUUUGGGCUUCUAUACUGCAAAUGCUUUGGCAACUAUUCUUGGACAAACAGGUGAUUGGGAUGUAUUAGUUGCUGGGGUUGUUGUUGCUGCAAUCGAGGGGAUCGGUAUGCUUAUGUACAGAAAGUCCCCUUCUUUAAAAACUGGAAGAUUGCAGUCGAUUGUGGUAAUGGUUAACUAUUGGAAAGCCGGAGUGUGCUUAGGUCUUUUUGUUGAUGCUUUUAAAUUAGGUAGUUAACUUGAACUUCUGCUAUUGGGUUGGGGCUUCCUUUUUGAAUGUAUUUUACAUAUAGCCCUGGCUCUAUCGAUAGAUUGUCAACUAGGUGAGAAAUGUAUGAUAACCAUUGCCCAUGUAUUUUGCAAAUAAAAAUUCCCUGUUGGGUCAAGAA